UUCCAGGUGCUGGAGGAGCAGCCGCCCGGCACCUGGGUGGGCACCAUCGCCACCCGCCCCGGCUUCACCUACCGCCUGAGCGAGCAUCACGCCCUCUUCUCCAUCAACGCCACCUCGGGAGCUCUGCACACCCGAGCUACCAUCGACCGCGAGAGCCUGGCCAGCGAUGUGGUGGACCUGGUGGUGCUCUCCAGCCAGCCCACCUACCCCAGCGAGGUGCGGGUCCUGGUGCUCGACCUCAACGACAACGCGCCCGUCUUCCCCGACCCCUCCAUCGUGGUGACUUUCAAGGAGGACACGGGCAGUGGGCGCCAGCUUAUCCUGGACACGGCCACCGAUGCCGACAGCGGCACCAACGGCGUGGACCACAGCUCCUACCGCAUUGUGGCUGGCAACGAGGAGGGAUGUUUCCGGCUCAACAUCACCCUUAACCCCAGCGGUGAAGGAGCUUUCUUGCACCUGGUUUCCCGGGGAGGGCUGGACCGGGAGGCCACCCCCACCUACCAGCUUUUGGUGCAAGUUGAGGAUAAGGGUGAGCCACGUCGGCGGGGGUACCUUCAGGUCAACGUCACCGUCCAGGACAUCAAUGACAACCCACCCAUCUUCAGUCAGACUCUGUACCAGGCACGAGUGCCUGAGGAUGCGCCUGUUGGGGCCAGUGUUCUCCAGGUGACUGCAGCUGAUGCUGAUGAGGGCACCAAUGCUGACAUCCGCUACCGCCUGGAAGGAGGUGAUGGCGGUGGUGGUGGCGAGGGUGCUGGCAGCCUGCCGUUUGAGGUGGACCCUGAGAGCGGGGUGAUCCGCAUCCGGGAGCACUUGGACUACGAGUUGCGACAACAGUACUCUCUGACGGUGCAGGCCGUGGACCGAGGGGUGCCGGCACUGAGCGGCCGGGCUGAGGCUGUCAUUCGCCUGCUCGACGUCAAUGACAACGAGCCCCGGGUGAAAUUUCGCUAUUUCCCGGCCACCUCCCGCUUUGCCUCCGUGGAUGAGAACGCAGCCCCUGGCACGGUGGUGGCCCUGCUGACGGUGAGUGAUGCCGACUCCCCCGCAGCCAACGGGAACAUCUCUGUCUCGAUCCUGGCGGGAAAUGAGCAGCGACACUUUGAGGUACACAGCAGUAAGGUACCCAAUCUCAGCCUUAUAAAGGUUGCAGCUGCAUUGGACCGGGAGCGCAUCCCGGCCUAUAACCUUACAGUGGCGGUGGCUGAUAACUACGGGGCCCUGUCGCCACCCCUGGGCUCCCCCACUUCUUCCCUUUCCCCCGAUGGGACGGUGGCAGCUCCCGUGAGCCGCUCAUCGGUAGCUAGCCUAGUGAUCUUUGUGAAUGACAUUAAUGACCACCCUCCUGUCUUCGGGCAGUCGGUCUACAGGGUGAACAUCAGUGAGGAGAUGCCUCAGGGCAGCUAUGUGCAGGGCCUGAGUGCCACGGACCGUGACUCAGGCCUCAAUGCCAACCUCAAAUACAGCAUCGUCUCGGGCAAUGAGCUUGGCUGGUUUCGCAUCAGCGAGCACAGUGGGCUGGUCACCACGGCUGGCCCCGAGGGCGGCACCACUGGGCAUGCUGUGGGCACGUCCAUCUCCAGCAGCCUGGACCGGGAGACGGCUUCUCAGGUGGUGCUCAACAUCAGUGCACGCGACCAGGGGGUGCAGCCCAAGUUCUCCUACGCACAGCUGGUGGUUACCAUCCUGGAUGUCAACGACAACAAACCUCGCUUCAGUCAACCUGAGGGCUAUCAGGUGUCCCUGGCUGAAAACUCCCUCUCAGGAACUGAGCUGCUGGUCCUGAGUGCCACUGAUGGGGACCUGGGAGACAAUGGGACUGUCCGCUUCUCUCUGCAGGAAGCUGAGCCGACGCUGGCAGGGGUUGGCUCCUCCUCAGCGGCCCCUCGCCAGAUCUUUCGCUUGGAUCCUGUGUCAGGCAAGCUUAGCACCAUCUCACAGCUGGACCGGGAGGAGCAGGCUCACUUCUCCCUGCAGGUCCUAGCCACUGAUUUAGGCUCUCCUCCCCUUUCUUCAAUAGUCCGAGUUAAUGUGAGUCUCCUGGAUGUGAAUGACAAUAGCCCUGUGUUUUAUCCUGUUCAGUAUUUUGCCCAUAUCCAAGAGAAUGAGCCAGCUGGCACCUAUGUGACCACAGUGUCUGCCACGGACCCUGAUCUGGGACCCAAUGGGACAGUGAAGUACAGCAUCUCAGCUGGAGAUACUUCCAGGUUUCAGGUCCAUGGCCAGACAGGGGUCAUUGCAACCAAAAUAGCCCUUGAUAGGGAGGAGAAAACUGCUUACCAGUUGCAGAUCGUGGCCACUGAUGGUGGCCAUCUUCAGUCACAGAACCAGGCCAUUGUCACCAUCACUGUCUUGGACACCCAGGACAAUCCACCUGUCUUCAGCCAGGGCAUGUACAGUUUUGUUGUCUUUGAAAAUGUUGCCCUAGGUUACCAUGUAGGUACUGUUUUUGCUUCUACCAUGGACCUCAAUACCAACAUCAGUUACCUGAUUACGACAGGUGACCAGAGGGGCAUGUUUGCCAUCAACAGAGUGACGGGACAGAUCACCACAGCCAGUGUUAUUGACAGGGAGGAGCAAGCGUUUUACCAGCUGAAGGUGGUUGCUAGUGGUGGGGCGAUAACUGGAGACACUAUGGUCAAUAUAACUGUCAAAGAUUUAAAUGACAAUUCCCCACACUUUAUUCAUGCGGUGGAAAGUGUAAAUGUGGUUGAAAACUGGAAAGCUGGGCAUACCAUAUUCCAGGCCAAAGCUCUUGAUCCUGAUGAAGGUGUUAAUGGUGUGGUCCUUUACAGCCUUAAGCAAAACCCAAAGGGCUUGUUUUCAAUCAAUGAACAAACAGGUGCCAUAAGCUUAAUAGGGCCACUUGAUAUAAAUGCUGGGUCUUAUCAGGUUGAAAUCCUGGCCUCGGAUAUGGGAGUGCCACAGCUGUCCUCUAACUUUAUCCUGACUGUCUCUGUCCAUGAUGUAAAUGAUAACUCUCCUGUGUUUGACCAGCUUUCUUAUGAAAUUACUAUUUUGGAGUCAGAGCCUGUGAAUUCUAGGUUUUUUAAGGUGCAGGCUUCUGACAAAGACUCUGGAGUGAAUGGUGAAAUAGCUUAUAGUAUAAUUGAAGGAAAUACUGGGGAUGCCUUUGGCAUAUUCCCAGAUGGUCAGCUGUAUAUAAAGAGUGAACUGGACCGUGAACUUCAGGAGAGAUAUAUUUUACUGGUUGUUGCCUCUGAUAGAGCAGUAGAACCGCUCAACGCUACUGUCAAUGUUACUGUUAUUCUGGAAGAUGUAAAUGAUAAUAGGCCCCUGUUCAACAGUACCAACUAUGUGUUUUAUUUUGAAGAGGAGCAGCGAGGUGGAUCGUAUGUAGGUAAAAUAAAUGCUGUAGAUAAAGACUUUGGGCCAAAUGGUGAAGUCAGGUACUCAUUUGAGCAUAUGCAACCGGAUUUUGAGCUGAACACGGUAACUGGGGAAAUAAGAAGCACUCAUCAGUUUGACAGAGAAGCUCUUAUGAGGCAAAGGGGAGCAGCAGUAUUUAGUCUCAGUGUAAUAGCAACAGAUCAGGGGUUGCCGAAGCCUCUAAAGGAUCAGGCAACUGUGCAAAUCUACAUGAAAGAUAUCAAUGAUAAUGCCCCCAAAUUUCUGAAAGAUCUUUACCAAGCUACUAUAUCAGAAUUGGCAGCAAAUCUCACGCAAGUUCUUAGAGUUUCUGCCUCAGAUGUCGAUGAAGGGGUUAAUGGAUUGAUUCACUACUCUGUAAUCAAGGGAAAUGAGGAAAACCAGUUUGCAAUAGAGAGUAGCACGGGCCAAGUGACCUUAGUAGGCAAACUAGAUCAUGAAGCUACUGCGUCAUAUUCACUUGUCAUCCAAGCGGUAGACUCUGGAGCAGAUUCCCUAAGUUCAACUUGCAUGUUGAGCAUUGAUGUAUUGGAUGAAAAUGACAACAGUCCUUCCUUCCCUAAAUCAGCCUUGUUAGUGGAUGUCUUGGAAAAUAUGAGAGUUGGUGAACUAGUGUCAUCUGUCACUGCCACUGACUCUGAUUCAGGUGACAAUGCGGACCUCCACUAUAGCAUUACGGGGACAAACAAUCACGGGACCUUUAGCAUCAGUCCCAACACUGGUAGUAUUUUUCUUGCAAAGAAACUGGACUUUGAGACACAAUCUUUGUAUAAACUAAAUAUAACAGCAAAAGACCAAGGAAGGCCACCACGGUCAUCUACGAUGUCAGUAGUAAUACACGUUAGGGAUUUUAAUGACAACCCUCCUAAUUUUCCUCCGGGGGACAUCUUUAAAUCUAUUGUUGAGAACGUUCCUGUUGGUAGCUCUGUCAUUUCUGUGACUGCUCAUGAUCCAGAUGCGGAUAUUAAUGGGCAGCUAACAUAUGCAAUCAUUCAACAGAUGCCAAGGGGUAAUCAUUUCCGUAUAGAUGAAGCAAGAGGGACAAUAUUUACCAAUGCUGAGAUAGAUCGUGAGUUUGCUAAUCUCUUUGAGUUAACAGUCAAAGCCACUGAUCAGGCUGUUCCUGUGGAGUCCAGACGAUUUGCUUUGAAGAAUGUGACCAUUUUGGUGACGGAUCAAAAUGACAAUGUUCCUGUUUUCAUCUCGCAAAAUGCUCUUGCAGCCGACCCUUCAGUUGUGAUCGGUUCGAUCCUCACGACAAUUAUUGCGGCAGAUCCUGAUGAGGGCGCCAACGGAGAAGUGGAAUAUGAAAUAAUCAAUGGAGAUACUGAAACCUUCAUUGUGGAUCGCUAUAGCGGAGAUUUAAGAGUAGCAUCAGCUUUGGUGCCUUCUCAACUCAUAUACAAUCUCAUAGUUUCUGCCACAGAUCUUGGCCCUGAAAGGAGAAAAUCCACCACCGAGAUGACUAUAAUUCUGCAAGGGGUUGAUGGGCCCGUCUUCACUCAGCCGAAAUACGUAACUAUCUUAAAAGAGGGGGAGCCUAUUGGGACAAACGUGAUAUCUAUUGAAGCGUCAAGUCCGCGAGGCUCCGAAGCUCAGGUGGAAUAUUACAUUGUGUCUGUCCGAUGCGAAGAUAAGAGUCUCGGGCGCCUCUUUACCAUCGGACGCCAUACCGGUGUCAUCCAGACUGCUGCCAUUUUGGACAGGGAGCAAGGAGCGCGUCUCUACUUGGUGGAUGUUUAUGCCAUUGAGAAGUCAUCUGUUUUGCCCCGCACACAACGAGCAGAGGUGGAAAUAACACUUCAGGAUAUCAAUGACAACCCACCAGUAUUCCCCACAGAUAUGCUUGAUCUGACUGUAGAAGAGAAUAUAGGAGAUGGAUCUAAAAUAUUGCAGCUGACAGCCAUGGAUGCUGAUGAGGGAGCCAAUGCCCUCGUCACAUACACUAUUAUCAGUGGUGCGGAUGAUAGUUUCCACAUUGACCCCGAGUCAGGAGACCUGAUAGCUACCAAGCGCCUGGACCGGGAGCGCCGCUCCAAGUACUCCUUGCUGGUUCGUGCUGACGAUGGCCUGCAGUCCUCAGACAUGAGAAUAAACAUCACUGUUAGUGAUGUCAAUGACCAUAUCCCCAAAUUCUCCAAGCCAGUGUAUUCCUUUGACAUCCCAGAAGAUGCUACUCCAGGUUCCUUAGUGGCAGCUAUUCUAGCCCCUGAUGAUGACUCCCCUUCUGUGUGUUGUUUUCGUGUUUUGUUGGGGUUGUUUUUUUUAGCCACUGAUGAUGACUCCGGUAUCAAUGGUGAAAUCACGUAUACCGUUAGUGAAGAUGAUGAAGAGGGUAUCUUCUUCCUGAAUCCCGUUACUGGAGUCUUCAACCUGACUCGCGCGCUGGACUACGAAGCACAGCAGUAUUACAUUCUCACCGUCCGUGCGGAAGAUGGGGGAGGUCAAUUUACUACCAUCAGAGUGUACUUCAAUAUAUUGGACAUCAACGAUAACCCACCAGUGUUCAGCAUGACCUCAUACAGCACGUCUUUGAUGGAGAACCUGUCUCCAGGAUCUGCUAUUCUCAACUUCAACGUCACUGAUGCGGAUGAUGGCUCCAACUCACAGCUGUCCUUCAGCAUCACGUCCGGGGACAGCGCGGGGCAGUUUGGCAUCGACAACAAUGGGGUGCUGAGCAUCAAGGAGCCUUUGGACCGGGAAAGCCAGUCUUUUUACAGCCUCGUUGUGCAAGUCCACGACAUGGCCCCUCUCCAGAUCUCCAGGUACACAAGCACAGCCCAAGUUUCAAUCAUUCUGCUGGACGUGAAUGACAGCCCUCCCAGCUUUAUCUCCCCGAAGCUGACCUACGUCCCAGAAAACACUCCGAUAGAUACAAUCGUGUUCAAAGCGCAGGCAACCGAUCCGGACAGUGGACCGAACAGCUACAUCGAAUACAGUCUGCUCCGGCCUCUGGGAAACAAAUUCAGCAUCGGUACUAUUGACGGCGAAGUGAGGCUUACCGGAGAGCUCGACAGAGAAGCUGUGUCCAACUACACCUUGACUGUGGUAGCCACAGACAAGGGCCAGCCCUCCCUUUCUUCAUCUACGGAUGUGCUGGUUAUAAUCUUGGACAUUAAUGACAAUAACCCACUUUUUGCCCAAAAGCUUUAUAAAGUAGAGGUGGGGGAAAAUACUUUGACAGGGACGGAUUUAAUCCAGGUGUUUGCUACGGACGGAGAUGAAGGUACAAAUGGACAGGUCCGCUAUGCCAUCAUGAGCGGAGAUGCCAAUAACGAGUUUAGAAUUGAUUCUGUGACAGGGGUGAUAACAGUUGCCAAGCCUUUGGACAGAGAGAAAAAGCCCUCCUAUACAUUGACAGUUCAGUCAGCAGACCGCGGGAGCAGCCCGAGGACUGAUACCACGACAGUCAGUAUUAUUCUGAAGGACGUCAAUGAUUAUAUUCCCACAUUUGAACUUUCUCCCUACUCUGUGAACGUCCCUGAGAAUUUAGAGAUGCUCCCCAAAGUUAUUCUUCAGGUUGUAGCAAGGGAUGAUGAUCAAGGCCUAAACAGCAAACUUACUUAUGUGCUGGUGGCUGGAAAUGAAGAAGGAGCCUUUACUCUCUCAGCCAGUGGAGAGCUGCGCUUGGUGCAGAGCCUGGACCGGGAGGCAAAGGAGGAGUACAUACUACUGAUCACAGCUGCUGAUGCAGGGUCUCCUGCCCUCACUGGCACUGGAACCAUUGCUGUCAUGGUGGAUGAUGUCAAUGACAAUGUCCCCACAUUCGCCUUUAAUGUGUAUUCCGCCACUGUUCUGGAGGAUGCACCUACAGGGACAGAUAUUUUGCUCGUAAACUCCUCAGAUGCUGAUGCUUCUACAAAUGCAGUUAUUAGUUAUAGGCUUACCGGUGGUAAUUCGCAAUUCACAAUCAACCCAUCAACAGGACAAAUCAUCACCAGCGCUCUCCUUGAUCGAGAGGCGAGGGAGAAUUACACUUUGGUGGUGGUGGCGAGUGAUGGGGGCUUCCCCAGGGCUCUCUCCAGUUCCACCAGCGUGCUCGUCACUGUCGCCGAUGUGAAUGACAACCCGCCCAAAUUUCAACACCAUCCCUACGUCACCCAUGUCCCAUCACCUACCACUUCAGGCUCGUUCGUGUUUGCUGUGACUGUCACCGACGCAGAUGCUGGCUCCAACGCUGAGCUCCAUUAUUCCCUCAUGGGGAAAAACUCUGAGAAAUUCCACAUCGAUCCAGAGAGGGGGGCAAUCCUGGCUGCGAACCCCCUGGCAGGAGAGUCUGAAGUCACCAUUUCUGUUCACGUGAGGGAUGGCGGCCGGUACCCUGAGACAGACUCUACAACUGUCACCGUGAGGUUUGUGAACAGAGCAGAAUUUCCUCGCGUUCAGGCGGAUCAGGAGACCUUCACGUUUCCUGAAAACCAAGCAGUUGGUACUCUUGUCACCACUGUCUCUGGGUCUUCAGCCAGAGGAGGCUCCUUGUCUUACUACAUCGCCAGUGGUAACCUGGGCGGCACCUUCCUGGUUGACCAGGUGACAGGACAGCUUUCUGUUGGGCGGGCUUUGGAUUUUGAAGCUAUACAGAAAUACGUGGUUUGGAUCGAGGCCAGAGAUACGGGCUUUCCUCCCUUUUCCUCAUAUAAGAAACUGGAAGUAAUGGUGAUAGACGUCAAUGAUAAUGCGCCGGAGUUUGAGCAAGAUCCCUUCAUUGCAGAAAUAGUGGAGAACCUGUCACCACGGAAGAUACUGACGGUGGCUGCUGUCGACAGGGACAGUGGUCUAAAUGGACAGCUAAAUUAUGAAAUAAUUGAGGGCAAUACAGAAAAUAGUUUCAGUAUCAAUCGAGCCACUGGUGAGAUCAGAAGUGUUAGGCCCUUGGACAGGGAGAAAUUGUCUCGGUACACACUAACCAUAAAAGCUUCAGAUAAAGGCACCCCACUCCAGAGCACAACUGUCAAAGUCAUCAUUAAUAUUUUAGAUGAAAAUGACAAUGCUCCAAGGUUUUCCCAGAUAUUCAGUGCUUCUGUGCCUGAAAAUGCACCUCUGGGUUUUACAGUAACCCGAGUCACAACGUCAGAUGAAGACAUUGGGGUGAAUGCAGUCAGCAGGUACUCCAUAAGGGAUACAAGUCUCCCAUUUACCAUAAAUCCCAGCACCGGGGACAUCACGAUCAGCAGACCACUAAACAGGGAGGACACAGACCGCUAUAGAAUUAGGGUCUCUGCACAUGACUCCGGGUGGACGGUGAGCACGGAUGUCACCAUAUUUGUCAUGGAUGUCAACGACAAUGCCCCACGAUUUACAAAGCCGUCCUAUUACUUGGAGUGUCCUGAGCUUCCUGGGAUUGGCUUGAAGGUCACUCAGGUUUCAGCCACAGAUCCCGAUGAUGGGUCAAACGGCCAAGUCUUCUACUUCAUAAAAUCCCAAUCCGAAUUCUUCCGAAUUAAUGCAACCACAGGGGAAAUUUUCAAUAAGCAAUAUUUAAGGUACCAAAACUCCAGUGGUUCAAGCAACAUCAACAUUAACAGGCACAGCUUCAUAGUUACUUCUUCAGACCGAGGCAGUCCUCCAUUAAUGAGUGAGACAACCGUCACCAUUAACAUAGUAGACAGCAACGACAAUGCACCGCUGUUCCUCGCUCGUAAAUAUUUUACUCCUGUUACUAAGAACGUGAGGGUUGGCACAAAUUUAAUUAAAGUUACUGCAGUGGAUGACAAAGACUUUGGCUUGAAUUCUCAAGUGGAGUACUUAAUGUCUGAUGAAAGCAAAACUAAUAAAUUCAGACUGGACAGGAGUACAGGCUGGAUUUCUGUGUCGUCUUCACUAAUGGCUGAUUUGAACAAAAACUUUCUGUUUAAAGUGAAAGCAAAGGAUAAAGGACAUCCUCCACUCUCAUCUGAGGUAGCUGUUGAAAUAGUCGUGACAGAGGAAAAUUACUAUACACCUGAGUUUUCUCAAAAUCGUAUGAGCAUUACUGUCCCGGAGAGUCACUCUGUUGGAACGGUGGUCAGGACAGUUUCAGCCCGAGACAGAGAUGCCGCUAUGAAUGGAUUAAUCAGGUAUAAUAUUUCCUCUGGAAAUGAGGCUGGCAUCUUUGCUAUUAAUACAACUACUGGUACGCUGACACUAGCAAAACCACUUGAUUUUGAGUUACACCAAAAGCACGAGCUAGUUGUUACUGCCACAGAUGGAGGAUGGGUGUCCAGAACAGGCUACUGCAGUGUCACUGUUCAUGUCAUUGAUGUGAAUGAUAAUUCUCCAGCUUUCAGCCCUGAGGACUACUUUCCUAAUGUGUUAGAAAAUGCCCCCAGUGGGACAACUGUCAUUCGUUUAAAUGCCACUGAUGCUGACACUGGACUUAACGCUGUGAUUGCAUAUGCUAUUCAGUCCUCAGAUAGUGACCUCUUUGUCAUUGACCCCAAUACAGGAACGAUCACCACCCAGGGAUUUUUAGAUUAUGAAACGAAGCAAAGUUACCAUUUAACAGUAAAGGCUUUUAAUGUUCCAAAUGAAGAGAGGUGCAGCUUUGCUAGUGUCAACAUCCAGUUAGAAGGGACAAAUGAGUAUGUGCCCCGUUUUGUGUCCAAGCUUUAUUAUUUUGAGGUUUCUGAGGCAGCCUCCAAGGGUACCAUCAUAGGUGAAGUUUUUGCAAGUGAUCGUGAUAUGGGAACUGAUGGAGAGGUCCACUACCUUAUCUUUGGCAACAGCAGAAAGAAAGGCUUCCAGAUAGAUGAGAAAAGUGGCCAGAUCUAUGUUUCAGGACCUCUUGACAGAGAAAAAGAAGAACGAAUCUCUUUGAAAGUCCUUGCAAAAAAUUUUGGGAGCAUUCGUGGUGCAGAUAUAGAUGAAGUAACUGUUAAUAUCACUAUACUGGAUGCCAACGAUCCUCCUGUUUUUACCUUGGGAACCUACAAUAUACGAAUCAGCGAGGGUGUUCCUCCAGGCACCCAUGUCACGUUUGUGAGUGCCUUUGAUUCAGAUUCUGUCCCUAGCUGGAGCAGGUUUUCCUAUUUCAUUGGGUCUGGCAAUGACAACAGCGCCUUUUCCAUCAACCCACAGACAGGACAGGUGACAGUCACUGCAGAGCUGGAUAGAGAAAUGUUGCCUGUGUACAACCUGUCUGUGCUGGCCAUUGAUUCAGGAACACCAUCUGCUACGGGAAGUGCAUCUUUAUUGGUAACUUUGGAAGAUAUCAAUGACAAUGGCCCUACUUUGUCCACCAGCCAAGGAGAAGUCAUGGAGAAUAACCGUGCGGGAACUCUUGUGAUGACACUUCAAUCAUCAGACCCCGAUUUUCCUCCAAACCAAGGUCCCUUUACGUAUUACUUGCUCAGCACUGGUCCUGCAACCAGCUACUUCAGCCUUAGCACCACUGGUGUGCUGACAACGACAAGAGAGAUCGACAGGGAGCAAAUCAGUGAUUUCUACCUGUCGGUGGUUACAAGAGACUCUGGCAUUCCUCAGAUGUCUUCCACAGGAACCGUGCAGAUCAGGGUAAUAGACCAAAACGACAACCCAUCUCAGCCCAGAACAGUAGAAAUCUUUGUUCACUAUUAUGGCAACCUCUUCCCAGGUGGAAUUUUGGGCAGUGUAAAGCCACAGGAUCCAGAUGUGCUAGACAGCUUCCAGUGCUCCCUCACCUCAGGAGUCACCAGCCUCUUCAGCAUUCCCGGAGGCACCUGUGAGCUGUACUCACAGGCAAGGUCCACGGACGGCACAUUUGACCUGGCUGUCCUCAGCAGUGAUGGGUUGCACGGUGCCGUCACCAGCAGUGUCCGGAUUUUUUUCACGGGCUUCAGCAACACCACCAUUGACAACAGCGUCCUCCUCUGCCUGAGCGUCCACAGCGUGCGGGAUUUCCUGACCAACCACUAUCUCCACUUCUUGCGCAUUGCCAGCUCCCAGCUGACAGGGCUGGGCACCGCCAUCCAACUCUAUGGGCUGUACAAGGAGAGCAACCACACCUUCCUGAUGGCGGCCAUCAAACGGGGCAGCAACCAGUACGUGAAUCCCAGCGGUGUGGCCACCUUCUUUGAGAGCAUCAAAGAUGUCCUCUUCCGCCAGAGCGGGGUGCGGAUCGAGGCUGUGGACCACGACUGGUGCCUGCAGAACCCCUGCCAGAAUGGAGGGAGCUGCUUGAGGAGGCUGGCAGUGAGCCCCACUCUGAAGAGCCAUGAGAGCAUCCCCGUUAUCGUCAUGGCCAAUGAGCCCCUCCGGCCCUUCGUGUGCAGGUGCAUGCCGGGGUACGAUGGGAGUCUCUGCGAGACCGACAUUGACGAAUGCCUCCCUUCCCCCUGCCACAACGAUGGGACUUGCCACAACUUGGUGGGGGGCUUCUCAUGCAGUUGCCCAGAGGGCUUCACCGGCAUGGCCUGCGAGAGGGACGUCAAUGAGUGCCUUUCCAACCCCUGCAAAAACGGUGCUGCCUGCCAGAACUUCCCAGGAAGCUUCAACUGCGUUUGUAAAACCGGGUACACAGGGAAAACGUGUGACUCUGCUGUCAACUACUGUGAGUGCAACCCCUGUUUCAAUGGUGGAUCCUGUCAAAGUGGGAUGGAAGGGUAUUUCUGCCACUGCCCCUUCG